AUGGGAACUGUGAUGUUCGAAGACGACCUGGCGAUCAGUGGGACUGUAGAAGCUGCGACUCGGGAAGAGGUCGAGCAGCGGUUGUCCAGGCUCCAGAGCCAGUCACAGUCGCUACUUGCGUCAGCUGUAGCGGAGGCCUGGAGGCUACUAUGCAGACGGCGCUACGCACCGUAA